GGUAUUUUUGUCCGGCCAGUUAGGGUCACACUUUUGUUUUGUUUUGCUGUGCAACUCGGCUUUUAAAAUUGCAAUUGCAGCAUGGCCGAAGAACCCGAGGAACCCGCCAAGAGCUUCGUUAUCUUCGGGCGCGAUGUGGCGCAGAUCCCGUGCUUUCGUAACAGUUUUCUCUACGGAAUCAGCGGAGGAAUCGGCAUCGGCGUGCUGACUUUUCUGGGCACCUCGCGAACCCACCUGUCCACCCACGUGGGAUUCGGCUCCUUCUUCUGCGGCACUAUCGCCUACUGGGUGGCCUGCAGGUAUCAGUGGUCCGCCAGGAGAUUCGAGCAGCAGCAACUUCGGGAGGCGAUGAGACGACAGGCCCUUUAUGAGGGCACCCAAGUCGAGAGGGACUUAGAUCUUAAGUCGGCGUAGCAUUAGUCGGAUCCUUUAUUACCACUUCGAUGUUUCUUUUCCUACUGGGAUAACAAGUAAUUUUGGCUUUGUUAAAUCCCUUGUGUUGUAAACUACCUUUUGUUACCAAACAGCUUUAUAGUAGCCAAUAUAUUAUAUAUAUAUUGUAAGUGAAAUCUUGCCUUGGAGUAAUUCAUGCCCCAAAUUAUUGGACACUCGUAAGGAAUUAUUUAUGCCAGCAUCUUUGGUUUGGGCUAUCUAUCCAUAAUUUUAAUGAGCAGUGGAAGCUUAUAAUGGUUCCUAAAAUAAUUUUGGUUUUACUGUGCUUCCGAUUUGAUUUAAGCUAACAGUGUUAGUCGUUUACUUUUGUAAAACAUUGAACCUAGAUUAAACUUCAGUUUAUCUUUAA